AUGUUUAGCAAAGACUUUACAGCAGUCGGGCUGGCAGCUCUCUCUUUGGUCUCUCAAUCGCAAGCAGGACCUACCUUGGGUACUUCUCAUCUCAAAGCAAGAGCUCUCUUAGGUAACUCUUUUGGUGUUCCUGGACGCAAUGCCACUUACGACUACGUUGUAGUUGGUGGUGGCAAUGCCGGUCUAACUAUCGCCAUGAGAUUGGCUGAAGCUGAGGCUGGCAGCGUUGCUGUCAUUGAAGCUGGAACUUUCUAUGAGAUUAGCAAUGGAAACAUCUCUCAACUUCCUGCCACUGAUGGUGUAUUCGCUGGAAAGGGUGCUACCGAUUGGCAACCUCAGAUCGAUUGGGGUUAUCAGACUACCGCGCAAUCUGGAGCAUUCAACACUUCUCUUCACUAUGCUCGUGGUAAGACUUUGGGAGGUUGUUCUGCCAGAAACUUCAUGGUCUAUCAACGUGCAACUGUUGGAUCAAUGCAGAGGUGGGCCGACGAGGUUGGCGAUGAUUCCUAUGAAUGGGAUAACUUUCUUCCUUUCUACCAGAAGUCUGUCAACUUCACUGCUCCCGACAUGAGCCUUCGAUCGACCAACUCCACUCCAGAGUUCGUUGCUGCUGAUGCUGCAGUAUUCCCAGCUACCGGUCCACUUUCAGUCACUUGGUCCCACUAUGCCCAAGCUUUCGGAACCUGGGCCAUCGAAGGUCUUGCUCAAAUCGGUGUACCGGUGAUUCCUGGAUUUUUGGGUGGAACCUUGAUUGGAGCUUCAUACCCUACAUUCACCAUUGAUGCUGAAAAGAUGACACGUGAUUCUUCCGAAACUUCUUUCCUCAGGGUCGGUAUGAAAUCACCUGACCUCAAGGUUUACACUCUGUCCAUGGCAAAGAAAAUCCUCUUCGACGAUAGCAAGAAAGCAACCGGUGUUCUUGUCGAGACUGGUGGCUACCCAUUUACUUUGACUGCCAACAAGGAGGUCAUCUUGUCUGCUGGUGUUUUCGGAUCUCCACAGCUUCUUAUGGCUUCUGGUGUUGGACCCGCAGAAGAAUUGAGUGCCAUCGGUAUUGAUGUCAUUGCCGACCGUCCAGGUGUCGGAAAAGGAAUGCAAGAUCAUCUGUUCACUGGUAUCGGAUACCGUGUCAAUGCUCCUACUAUUUCAAGACUUGUGAACGAUCCUGAGUAUGCUGCUGAGCAACUUGAGAUGUACGAGAGCACCCCAGCUGCCGGCAUGUACACUAGCCCCGAUACUGAUGUUCUUGGAUGGGAGAAGAUCCCCGAAAAGUACAGAAGCAAAUGGAGCAAUGAGACUCAGAAAGCUUUGGCUGAAUACCCUGCUGAUUGGCCUGAGGUUGAGUACAUUGCCAUCUCUUCUUUCCUAGGCAACCAGGUCAUCGAGGGAACUGAUCCAAAUGAUGGAUUCAACUAUGCCACAUUAGCAAUUGCUCUCGUCGCUCCUCGAUCCCGCGGAUCUCUUACCAUCACCUCCGCCGAUACCAAUGUUGCUCCUUUGAUCGACCCAGGUUUCUUGACCGAACAAUCUGACGUCGACAUCAUGGUUGCUUCAGUCAAACGUGUCCGUGAAUUCUACGCCACCGAUGCCCUUCAAAGCUUCGUCAUUGGUGACGAGUACUUCCCCGGAUCUAACAUCUCGACCGACGCUCAAAUCGAAGACUUUGUCCGAACCAGUUUCAACACUAUUUGGCACGCAACAUCGACCUGUGCCAUGGGUCUUGUUAACAAUACCAACACUGUUGUUGAUAACCAGGCCAGAGUUCUUGGUGUAUCUGGCGUCCGUGUCGUUGACGCUGCCGCUUUCCCACAUCUUCCUCCUGGACAUCCUAUGUCCACAGUUUAUGCUUUCGCUGAGAAGAUCGCUUGCGACAUUAUUGGUUGUUAA